UGCAUUGCUACUAUAUAGUAUGUACUACAUGGUACUCGGAAUGUAUAGCGGAACACGAGAACUCUUUGUAUGGAAUUAGAAAUAAUGCAUAGUUUUACAGUACAUAUGUGAAAGAUGAAGACUCCAGAGGGAAAAGUUGUUGCAUUGGGUUUCCAAGGUGUUGGAAAAACAAGCAUAAUCUGUCGUUACAUCAACAAAACUCUGUCCGAACGAAGUCAUCCGACGAUAGGUGCUUGUUAUCACACGUGCUACCUGACCGUCGAAAAUACAAGAAUAGUUCUAAAGGUAUGGGACACAGCGGGACAAGAGAAAUUCAGAUCGAUGGCACCGAUGUAUUAUCGAAGCGCGAACGCCGCUAUGCUGGUGUUCGAUCUAACUCAAUACGACACGUUCACGGCGAUGAAGGAGUGGGUAACGGAGCUUCAUAAACACGUUGAGAACAGCAUCGUGUUGGUCGUGAUCGGAAAUAAAUCGGAUUUGGAGGAGAAACGGCAAGUCGACGCAGCGGAGGGUCGAGCUUACGCGACAGAAAUCGGCGCGGGCUACCACGAGACGUCGGUGGUCCAGAACGAAGGCAUCGAGGACGUGUUUCUAGAUAUCGCCAAGGGACUUGUCCGAUUAUUGCCGACCGAGUGCGACCAGGACUUGGAUGCCUACGGAGAGACACCUCGAAACGUCGAUGUCGUCCACGAGCUAUGCGAGACGAGCGAACGGUCGCGCAAAUGUUGUUAACUUUUGCCUCGCGGUUAAACGCUCCAACGCUCCAACUCCAACGCCCAUUUAUUACAACUGCAUAGAAAUCGCGACGCGCGUCUCCACCGUAUCGGUGCGCGAGAAACUUGUCGCACAAAUUCUCCGCGUCCUCGACGAAUGGUUUUCAAGAAGAUAUCCCGUAGAGGAGACUCUCGCGUAGUUCCAAGCGCGGUUUUACUUUUAUGGUUCGCCCAAUGGCCUUUCUACAGUAUAUUUUCAAUAAAAUAAGAGAACAUUC